AUGCCCAUCAUCUUGAUCACGGGCGCUGCUAGUGGACUGGGUGCGGCCUUCCUCCAGGCCUACGCAAAGGAUCAGACGAACACCAUUAUAGCUAUUGACCGGAAUGAAGUCGAGAUCUCCAACCCAAGGGUACAGUUCCACGCUGUAGACAUUCGCUCCCAGGAAUCCAUCAACACGUUGGCGAGCCAGUUAGAGGACCAGCCCAUCGAUCUAGCCAUUCACAGCGCAGGGGUACGAGGUCUAGUCGAAGCAAUCCAUGAACAGAAGCCAGACGAUGUCGCCGCGGCCGAGACCAUCGCCGCGAUGGAUCUCGAGACGCUUAUGCGUGCGUUUCAUAUAAAUGCUGCUGGCACAUUCAUGCUACUUCGGGCUCUUCUUCCCAACUUGCGAAUGAGCAGAGAUGUCAAAGUCGUUGUCAUGUCUUCUCGGAUGGGAAGCAUUGGCAACAACGAACAUCCUAAGAGAGCUGCCGGUAGCGCGUAUGCCUAUAGAGCCUCCAAAGCUGCGAUGAACGACAUUGUUCGAUCUUUUGCUGCAGAUGUACCCGAAGUCACCUUCGGUCUAUGCCAUCCUGGACGAGUAGAGACAAAUCUUGUCAGGAGUAAAGAGGAGGGCGCCAUCUCGGCCGAGGAAAGUAUCAAUGACAUGCUUCCUCUCAUCGCCAAGUGGAGUCGCAAAGACAGCGGCAAAUUCUACGAUCGCUUCGGCGAGACCAUUGAGUGGUAA